CAUUGAAACCCAACUUUUCCAAACCAAACCCAGUGAACUUGACAUUUGCACAAAAUGGACACCACUCUAGAGGUAUUAGACGUCAAAGAACGAGAUAUUGGUGAUGACCAGACGCCCAGCUUCCCAACACCGCCAGCGCCGACACCGUCGGUCAGCGGAUUCCCUCCGCACAAGAAACGAGUAUCAGCGUUUAAGCAGCAGCGACAGGCGAAAUCGCCAGCCGCUUCACCUGCUCCAGCUACCUCUGCAACCACAGCUUCACACGUAUUCGUCAAACCGCCAAACCAGAAUGGCCUUCGCUCACAGGCAACGGCAGACGCGGACGAGAGGCGGCGCAUCGACCAGGAGAAUCAGGCCGUGAUAGACUCAAUGUCGCCUGAGGAGAUAGCCGAGGCCCAGAAGGAGCUGUUCGCUGGUCUGGAUCCCAAGUUCAUCCAAAGGUUACUGAGCCGCGCGACACUCGACGAGCCGAGCGGACCGUCACCAUUUGACGCCGUUCCUGCAUCAACACCACCAUCAUCAUCAAGGUUAGAUGUCCCAGCAAAACCACCCCGCGCGACAGUCGAAGACGAGCCGGAGGAGCCCGAGACGGUCCCAGCUCCAGCGCCAAAGGGCAGCAGCAAACCCAGAAAAACAGUCACCUUUGACGAAGACGACCCCCCGCCGGUGCCUCCAGCCGACCUCUUUCCCGUGACAGAAUCCGGCGCCUCGCGCAAAGACGACAACACCACCAACACCAACCCCGACACAACCCUGCCGCCACCCAAAACCCACUUCCCCCGCCCGCCGACCGUACCCGACCUCGACCCAUCCGACCCUGACUUCCUCGAGACGAUGCACAAGAAAUUCUUCCCCACCCUACCCGCCGACCCGUCCAAGCUGGCCUGGAUGGCGCCCAUACCGUCGCAGGACUCGCCCGCGGACCGCGAGUCGCCGUACUACCCGGGGCAGGAAUCCUUACCCGUCUCGGCGCUGCGCUUCGACUUCCGCGGCGCCCUGAUCCCCCCGCGCCUGAGCCGCACCAUACCCGUGACCAAGGGCCUGCACCACCACGGCGAGGCGCCCGAGGCGGCCGGGUACACGAUCCCCGAACUAGCCCGCCUGGCGCGCUCGGCCGUGCCCGCGCAGCGCUGCGUCGCCUACCAGACGCUAGGGCGCAUUCUGUACCGCCUUGGCAGGGGGGACUGGGGCGGCGGCGCUGGCGGGCGCGGCGGCGACGAGGACGACCUGGCUUUUGCCCUCUGGCGCUGCGUCAGGGAGGGCAAGGUGCUCGAGAGCCUCGAGGAGGAGGCGACUCUGCCCGAGGGCAGGGGCCAUCUGAGUGCCAAGGCCUACGCGACUGAGGCGUUGUGGCUGUUUGAGAAGGGCGGGUGGAGGGAAAAGUGGCGGGGGUUGUGAUCUUGACGGAUCGUUUACUGGGACUAUGGUCUGGACUCUGGAAGGUGUAGGCAUACUCUGGGUUGGAAAACGUUGGAAAUCGCCCAUUCGUUCAUUCACAAGAUGACCGGGAAAUGCAGUGUAAUUCCAUCGUCCCGAUUACCGCGUUGGGAGGUAUGCCUGAUAUACGUACAUACCAAGAAUGAAGCGGACGAGGAAUCCAAGGCAAUCAAACAACCGACACCAACCGAGCGAGCAAGCAUUAUCCAUAAGGUCGAACGACCAGAUGACAUCUCAAACAUAGCGACAAUCAAGGACAUAUACUUCGUUGCACUUUCAUGACCCCGUCCGUCCUCCUUUCCCUCUCCUCCCUUUCUAUACUCCGCCGAACCCGAUCAUACCCAGUGAAUCCUCCCGGACCAAUCCCGACAAG